AAUUAAGGCUAACCUACACUAUAAACCACAGCUUUAAGCAUCCUUAAGCAUUUAAGCCCUUCAGCCUCCAUUGGAAUUCCUUCAUUACUUAGCCCUUAUCUCCAUCAAACAGCCAAAAAAAAUCCCAUUAAACUUUAGAUUCCUCAAUAAUCUUCUAAAUUUCCUUUCCUCUCUGUCACAGCCUUUUCCUCCCUGUUCUGCUUGUUUUCACUCCACCAAAUAUGGCGUCUCAGGCAUCUCUGUGCCUUCUCUUGUCUCUGUUUGCUUGUUUCUUCUUCUCUUCCUCUGUUGCCUAUAACUUCUAUGUGGGUGGCAGAGAUGGUUGGGUUUUGAACCCUUCUGAGAAAUACAACGACUGGGCUGGGAGAAAUCGAUUCCAAGUUAAUGACACUCUCAUUUUCAAGUUCAAAGAAGGGUCGGACUCUGUUUUGCUUGUGAAGAAAGAUGACUACAACACCUGCAACACAAACGAGCCCCUCAAGGUUAUGAAAUCGGCCACCUCUGUUUUCCAGUUUGAUCGCUCUGGUCCUUUCUUUUUUAUUAGCGGAAAUAAAGCCAAUUGUGAGAAGGGACAGAGAUUGAUCAUUGUAGUUUUGGCUAUAAGACCAAAACCAACCCCUAAAACCCCUGCACCAGUGUCUCAGCCGCCAUUAGCUCACCCUCCGGCUACCUCCCCUGUUUCUCCAUCAUCGUCUCCUGUGCCGGCGGUGUCCCCUGUUUCUCCAUCGCCCAUAUCAAAGCCUCCCUCUCUAGCUCCAUCUCCUCACGCUAAGGCUCCAAAGCUAUCUCCUGCACCAGUAGAGUCACAGUCUCCAUCACCUUCUGCAAUCACACCCACAAAGGCUCCUUCACCAGCUGUUGAGGCGCCAAACUCCCCAUCUCCGGCUAACCCUCCCAGUGUUUCAUCUCCAGCUCCGUCAGAAACAUCCCAACCAGGAAACACAACUGUGCCAGCAUCAUCACCGGAUUCCGGUGAUACUGCAGACAUCAAUACUCCCCCUAGUCCAUCUCGUUCUGGUUCAUGGGCGCUAACUCCUUCAGUGAUUAUGUUGUUUGCGGCUUCUCUUCUUGUCAGUGUCACUGUUGGUGCAUCUCCUCUGGGAGUUUAUUGAAUCAUUUGUUAAUGGGUUUUGAUCAGAUUUUUUUAAAAAAAAUCUUAUGGUUUUAUUAGGAUUUUUCAGUUGAAUUUUUUAAAUUUAUGAUGUGAAUGUUAUUGUAAACCUUUGUUUAAUUUCCUGUUUUUACUUGAAUUUGUGUUCAUGACAUGGGCCAUGUUAAAUAUGAUUAAAUAUAUAAAUUAUUUGAUAUUUACUUA